AUGCCAAGCAUUUCAGUAGCUACAGACAUCAAGAACACCGAUAUACGAUCUUCUUCUUCUUCUUAUUCUUCGUCUUUUGGUACCACUGUUACUUCGUCAACAACGUCCUUGUGUCUCUCCCUAAAGAGAAAAAGACCACCCAUGAUUGAGAUUCCACGGGUCUUGCAGGAAAUACACACAGAAAAGUUCAUAUUCCAUGAGAAAACGGUCGGAGAUCAGCCACUCUGCUUCGAUGAGUUAGAAGUUGGGGUUUUCUCCAUGAAGGGGAAGAAAAAGGUGAUGGAAGACACUCACAAGAUUGUUUCUUCCUUAAAUGGGGAAUCUAGGAAGGGCUUUUUUGGGGUUUAUGAUGGACACGGAGGUACAAAGGCAGUCGAAUUUGUUGCAGAGAAUUUACACGGGAAUAUAUUUGAAAUGCUGGAUAAGUGUGGAGGUCAUAUGGAGAAGGAAGAUGCAAUAAAAGCUGCAUAUCUCAAGACGGACCAGGACUUCGUGAAACAGGGUUUAGGCAGCGGCACCUGCUGUGUGACUGCCCUAAUUGAAGGGGGCGAUAUUCUUGUUUCAAACCUGGGAGAUUGCAGGGCAGUUCUCUGUAGAGAUGGCAUGGCUGAAGUCCUCACUAAAGACCAUAGAGCUGAACAGGAAGAUGAGCGGAAAAGAGUUGAAAACAAGGGAGGAUAUGUAGACAUCCACCGAGGAGCUUGGAGAGUCCAUGGAAUACUCUCUGUUUCUAGAAGCAUUGGAGAUGUUCAUCUGAAGGAAUGGGUAAUGGCCGAGCCUGAAACAAAGAUCCUGCAUUUGACUCCAGACAUGGAGUUUCUUGUCCUAGCCUCGGAUGGACUGUGGGAAAAGGUCGAUAGUCAGGAAGCUGUUGCUAUUGCAACACGUAACUGUUUGGCUGCAAACAAGCAGAGAUCAAAUGUUCUUUGGAAGGAAGAUGAUGGGGAGUCUGAUUGUGACAAUGUGAGUCCUCCGUCCAAGGUACGCAGGAUUUCCAGGGUCAAGCAACAGAAAGUGAAGAAUCACUCUCAAAGUAAAGAAAAUGUUCUUUGGAAGGAAGAUGAUGAGGAGUCUGAUUGUGACAAUGUGAGUCCUCCGUCCAAGGUACACAGGAUUUCCCGGGUCAAGCAACAGAAAGUGAAGAAUCACUCUCAAAGUAAAGAAAAUGUUCUUUGGAAGGAAGAUGAUGAGGAGUCUGAUUGUGACAAUGUGAGUCCUCCGUCCAAGGUACACAGGAUUUCCCGGGUCAAGCAACAGAUAGUGAAGAAUCACUCUCAAAGAAAAGAAAAUGUUCUUUGGAAGGAAGAUGAUGAGGAGUCUGAUUGUGACAAUGUGUGUCCUCCGUCCAAGGUACACAGGAUUUCCCGGGUCAAGCAACAGAAAGUGAAGAAUCACUCUCAAAGUAAAGAAAAUGGUGGGUAUAAGAAAAGUAAUCUUAGGAAAGAUGAAAAUGAAUCUAAUGGUGAAGACCUGAGUCCAUCGCAGUUACAGAGGAUUUCAUUGAUCAAGCAACAGAAAAUGAAGAUUUGUCUGCAAAAUCAAGAGAACAACCACUAUCAGCAGAGACCAACUUCCAGUGGGCUCAUGGCAGCUUGUAAGGAGCUUGUGGAUCUUGCUGUGAACAGAGGAAUAAUUGGAAAAAUGCAAGACCCAAUUGGGAUUCCUGCUUGCUUUUCAUCUGGAGAGAAGCCAACUGAUGAUCCGGCAGCCGUGACCAGGUCAGGCCAGAGUGUGUUCGUGUCAGUCUACCGGACAAAGAUUGCUGGUCAGUGCCAUCUGAUCACCAUCACUUGGUGCAAAAAUCUACUGCUUCACGGGCUCUCCGUCUCGGUGGAAGGGCCAGAGGGAGAGAGCCACUACAGCUGCAAGGUUGAGCUGAAGCCCUGGUAUUUCUGGAGGAAGCAAGGUUCCAAACGCUUCAUGGUGGAAGGCAAGCCUGUCGAUGUCUUCUGGGAUCUAAAGACGGCCAAAUUUAACGGAGAGACAGAGCCUCAAUCGGAUUACUACGUCGCUGUGGUAUGUGAAGAAGAAGUUGUGUUAUUGCUUGGUGACCUGAAGAAGGAUGCUUACAGAAAGACAGGGUCUCGUCCAGCUCUAAUGGAGCCCAUUCUGGUUUCAAAGAAAGAACAUAUUUUUGCCAAGAAAAAGUUCUCCACAAGAGUCAAGUUCCAUGAGAAAGGCAGGUUUCAUGAAAUUUCAAUAGAAUGCAACAACCUCUAUCACCAUGGUAGCAGUAACAGUAGCAGCAACAACAGUUCUGGUAAUGGUGGGCUUGAUCCAGAAAUGGAGAUAAAGAUAGAUGGUCACUUGGCCAUUCAUGUGAAGCACCUCCAAUGGAAAUUCAGAGGUAACGAAUGCAUAUCUAUGAGUAAAUUUAGAGUGGAAGUGUAUUGGGAUGUCCAUGAUUGGUUGUUUAGUCCUGGUCUACGGCAUGCAUUGUUCAUAUUCAGGCCAGUAUCAUUAUCUACAUCGCCAUCAUCGACGUCGAUCUCAUUGUCGCCGCCGUUGUCGUCAUUGACAUCUACUCCAUUGUCAUCUCAGACGGCGAGUUCUAGUUCAGUAGAGGGAUAUAAUGCAAGUGGGUCAUCUGGUUUCUGCUUAUUUCUCUAUGCUUGGAAGGUGGAAUGAGUUUUGAGUUAUUCAGACAAGGGUGAAAUCAUAUCAUUUUCCCUACCAUCAUCAUCUUGAACAUCUCCAGCUUUAGUAAAAGGUAACAGAGCUGAAGAGGCAAGUGGGUCUUGGCUAUAUCUUCAUGGCCAUGGUGGAUGUUGGUUCUGAACUCUGUAGAUUGGCUCUCAGGCUCAGUUUCAAGUUUGAACACAAUCCAUCCAUCCACAGAGAGAGAGAGAGAGAGAGAGAGAGAAUGCUAAGGUGGCCAUCACAUGGGACGGUGGUGGCCCCCCAAUGGUGGGGUUGGAAUUUUGUUACAGCUGGUAGUGAUUAGAUGUAUAUGAGUGGCCAGGACAGAUUGGAUCACAAACAUGCCCAAUAAUUCCCAAUCUAGAGGCAUCUCAGCCUCUCUCUCUUAUUAUAAUUCUUUGAACUCAAUUCCACAACCCUCUCCUUGGCUGGUAUCUUCUCACAUCUUGAUAAGAGAGAACUUCCAGCAUAUGUAUUUAUUUAAAGGAAAAAGGUUAAGAAUUGGGCAUAGGCGAUUGAAUCAAGCACAUGAGAGAAGGGCUUUGAUGUGUGUGUUUGUGUGUAAUGGUGGGGCUGUGGAUGUUGAUGGGAUAGGGAGAACUGAUUUGUAAAAGGUUUGUGAAUGUGCAAAUGCAUGUGCACAGGGACAUGGAGUUUUUGUUCUUUGGUUCCUUUUAUUCUUUCUUUCCUUGUUUUAUGGUUGUAAAUUCAAUGAAGCUGAAAAUCUUUACAAGAUUUUGUUAUGGUUUUAACUUUUAUUCUCA